AUGUUUCUGGAUCCCGCAGUGGCCGGAGCGGCAGGCAGGGCGGUCGGGAGGAGCCCUCGGGGCGGCGUGGCCGGGCUAGAGCCACGACGAAUAACGGGCGAGGGGCGGGGAGAGGCCGAAAGUUUGCCGGGGGGCGAGAGGAGAGGGCGAGGGCAGCGGCGCGGGCCGGCGGGAGGGUCCGGCGGAGUGCGGCUGGGGGGAAGGAGAGAAGCUAGGAGCGCUCCUCCGCGCCCCGGGGUGCCCGGCCCGCCCCCCCCCGCGGAGCCGACGGCAGCUCGCGGACUGCUGGAACUCGGCGGCCCGCAAGCGCGCGUCCUAUAUAGAGCCCGGGGAACUGCGGCUGCCGCUGGGCGGGCGCGCCGGGGGAGGGGACAGAACGCGGCCCCCGCCGGGGUCUCCAGGCAACGCCGCCCGCCGGCUGGCGGACGUCAGGCGCCUCCCGGCCUCCCAUUGGCCGCCGCCAAUUUUUUUCCUCCGAGGGAGGGGGCGGGAGGCCUCGGGGCGGGGCCGGCGGCCGGAGCGGCGUGGAGCGCUUGGCCCCAGUGGGUGCCGCCGAGUGGCGGCGGGAAGGCACGGCUCUCUUCUUCGGGGGCUGCGCAGUCGGAGAUCCCCGGUGCGUUUAGCGUGGCCGGGAUUCUGCACCCCCAGACGUGUCUUUCCCUGCCCUGUUCUCCGAGGCUGACCUGUGGAGCUUUUAGCUCCCACCUUCGGUUUUGUGCUGGGCGCGGGAAUUGCAAAAUGCCAGAAUAUCGCAACCGUCCGUGCGGCCCGGCGUGUUUGCAAAGGGUGCUUCCGGCCAGGAGGCGAGGGCUCGGGGCCUGCGUCCCAUCGGUGGCUGCUCCAGCCCGACUGCACGUGGAGUCGCGGUGGGGGUGGGGGCAGCCACGCGGGCGGCCGCCGCGGCAGUCUCGCCCGAGGAGCCCGGGCUCGUUUCUCCGCCCCCUCCCCGCCCAGGCUCAGUAAACAGGGCUUGAGUGCCGGGGCCUGCCGGGCAGGGCUGAGUGUCUGAGGACAAGGCGCUGGCUUUGCUAAUCACAUCACAAGACCUUGAGCCAGGGCCAAAGGCGCGGAGUGGCGCGGGGCGUCCCGGGCGGGGGAGCUGACUCCGAGGACAGGAGGAAGGGCCGGGAGAGCGCGCAGGCAUGAGGCGACUUAGCGCCACCCUUUCCGUCUGCUGGUUGGCUCGGCCUUCCCCGGCCCUCCAGGGCUGGGGGUGCAGCUGCCCGCCGAAGCUCUCCGCCCGGCAUAGCCUGGGCCUGUUGCGCCCUCCCAGCCUCUUCCCUCCCCGGCCGUGGGGGCGCCGCGCCCAGCCUUCGCUGGAUGACGGCUGCAGGGUCCGGUGGGGCUGCACAGACGCAGAUGGUGGGCGCGCCCCUCUCUGUUUUCCCUCUCUCGCCAGCCCCACACCCCAACAGCUUGCGCUGGAAAAUGCGCUUUGCCAGCGGGCGCCCCGCCCUCGUCCGGGUAUAGAGCAGACACCCCCAUCUAGUGCCCGGUGAGGCUAAAGCCGCUGACAGCCCCACUCAGAAAGAUCCUGGAGUCUGGUCUAGGACACUUAUCGCUUCGCGUUCAUACAGGUUGCCAAAAAGCUUGGGCCUGAAGCGGGAAGGUCCAGGACCCUCUGGUGAAAGAACUAGGCCUGCCAUUCAGGGAUUCGAGUCCCUGGAGUGUAGCCUGCAUUUCCCACUACUGUACUCCCCUGACGGCCCAGGGAGCCAGAGUCCAGGGUAAGGAUCAGGAAUACUGGGCUGGAGUUCAGGCCCUGCCCCUUAGAAAUCAUGUGGUCUUAGGCAAAUCGCAUCAUCUCUUUGGUACUUGGGUUUCCUUGUCAAACAAAGAUCAUAUUCCUGCUUGACUCAUCCCUCACGCCUGUCAAGGUGCAAAUGGUGUUCGUGAAGGUGUUUAAAAGACAAACAAGGACUAAACCAUCUUUAUGUAUUAAACCAAAUUGACAACGCGUAGAGGUGGAGAAAGCCAGGCUUUUGAACUACGGCCAGAUGGACGGAGCCAGUCAGGAGUGCAGAGCUGUGGGGGCACCCAAAUCCUGAACCUUAGGACUCAGAGCCAAGAGGACCAGUUUCACUUUUAGCGCCUACCUUACACUGGCCCCUUGACAGACCUGGGCAACUGUGGUCUGGUUUGUUCUUUGGCGAGAUGACCCCAAACAUCUUACCAAAUGGUGUGAAACAGCCACUUCCCUAGGCACUUCCAUUAGGUUAGUAACAAGAUUGCAGAUACAGAACCAGUGAAGCAUCUGUUUGAAUCAACGUCCAAAUCUGGGGUGACUCCCAGUCAACAGCUGUGAGAACACCCACUUUGUGGAUGAGGUAGGAUUCUGGAGGUAAUAUGUGGACGUGUUAUGGGACAUGCUUGUGUACAGAGUACCUGCUAAUAUAAAAUUCAUGAUGUAGCUGCUUUUAUUUCAUUUUAAAUGGAGAAACAAGAAGUGCUGGUCAUUUCCAAUGAGCUGGGCUUUGCUGGGCCAGUUUCAUAA